CAAAUUAUCAUCCACCGCACCUGAGAAGAAGCACCACACCCGACAGCAUUCACCGAAGGGAGGCGAUCGUAUCUAAUAAGCAUCCAGUGUCCACAAAACCAAAGAGAACUCUACGACAAUCCUUUUAACCUAACAUGAAGCGCAAGACCCUUCGUACUGUCGGCAUAAUGAAAACGCGAUGUUCGUGGCUGAUGCUGUUGCUAGUUGGCCUUUAUGGCGUUGCUGCAAAAGAAGUGCUUGACGCCACUCGCGUUGAUUCUAACGGGGAUGACCGUAUCCUGACCCCCCAAAACAAUCGUAAUGGCUGGGUUAAUCCUGAAGACUUGACUCCUAUGCCACAAUGCAUUGCUCAACAAGAUCCAUCAUACUGGCUGAGUACGAUGUCGACAUGUACUGGCAAACGAUGCACCCGUCAUUUCGGAGCCAUCUGCACCCAUCACCAAUGGUUAAUUCAGACCAGCUGUCUCAGCACUGCAUUUUCCUCCGACGUUGUCAAAACUUAUUUCCCCUACUGCAGUAGGUCGAUACUCGCCAAAGCACAGUUGUAUCAGUGGAUUCGCGGCGUAACCGGUCGAACGUGGCUUGUUGAUAUCGGCGACGCGAAUGAGCUGCAAGACCUCUCCCCGGCCUCCCUGGAUAAAGGAUAUGCGGCAGUUAGCGUGGAACAAAGUGCACCAACAUGUCUAACAGGCUCGGUUUCGGACUUAACUAUGGAACCAUUCCAACAUGUACUGGCCUCCUGUAGUUUCACAAGUACCACUCAGCAUACCGGAAGGGCCGAUCGACCUUGGGAAUAUCGUGAAGGUUUAAAGUCCAUGGUCGCCCUGGAUUUUGAGACCGUCGGUUACAAUCUCACUGGGAGUAGCAUCGAAUAUGGCUACUAUUUUGACAAAGAAUGCUUCUGCCGCACCUUCACUAUAAAUCCAGAGGAAAUCUGUCCAAGAUCAGAGCGUUUAGAAUGGACGCAGGAGCACUUGUGGGUACGUGCCACCUGUGGGCCGACGUCCCUACCCAGCAAUUGGACGGAUUCUCUCAAAGUUACAGGAUUCGAUUAUGUCCCUAUCGAAGACUGGCAUUGGCCCACAUUUGUCAUGGAUAUUGGAAAGCGGGUGACCGGGCUUGUUCAACAUUGCGCAACCGAUGCUUGUGGGAUCGACUCUAGUGGCUACUGCAAAGUCAAGCGCACAGUGAGCAGGACUUGCAUCUGCCACAACAUGAGCUUCGAAACGUGCGGAGGUUCAUGCCAGGAUUUCGAAACCCGAAUAAACUAUGUAAAUUGGCUCCACGACCUCUGUGGCCAUGUGCAGGACUGGCGCGGUCUCCCAGAUAACUGGCUCCAUAUGGCCGCUCCCACCGCCCUCGACAUGAUCCCAUGGCAAUGGACUAUCAAACCAUCCGAUAAUUGGAGCAAAUGUCCCUUGAAUAUAUGGAAAAUCGGAAGCUUCGUCCUUGUCAAUGUAGCUACUUUUCUUGUCGCAGUAUACGGUCGAGGAGCGGAAAUCCAUGGGCUCGCACCUCGCUUUCCACGGCUUCCGUACCCGUCUUCUUGGUUUGCCAAGGGGAUUUUAAUCGCCGCUCUUCAACUGCUGGCGAACUUGGUCAACGCCAGUCUUCUACAAGCGACCAUGGGAUAUGAUGAUAUUCCUGUUAUCCAAUUGAUGUUUCUCUGGUGCUCAAUGCCUCGGCCCGCUUGGAUGGCCUCUUUGCUGAUUGGUCUACAACCCUUCGACACAAUAGAUUUCUCUGUCGCCAAGUCUUCUCUGUUUGCGGAAAUUAUUCUCCAGACUUUAUCAGCAUAUUACAUGGUUCUCACCGUCAACUAUGGUCUUAAACACAACUUCUAUUUCAGAAGUCUCAAAGGCGCGGAAAGAGGACAAUCAGCAAGACUCAUGUACACUGGAGCACUGUUAUGGAUUAUGGUUACUACCGUGGCAUUAUUUUGGUUAAUCCGGGCUACACGUCGGAUGAACAGCGUACCUGGAUCCGGUAGUGACAAUGUACUAAAGCGGCAGGGAAGCAUUCGAACCAUGUCGAAAAUCGCGGAGAAGCUAAUGGCAAAGGUCGAUAAUCUUUGCAUAUGGCUUGGCGAAGAGCUGGAAAAUUAUUGGAUGGAAAAGAGUAAGUUUAGAGGGAUGAGAGAAACAUCCCCGUUCAUUAGCAGGGAAAGAAAUUACGCGACGAUGCAUAGAAGUCUUCCCGUUCGAGGCCGAGACCACUCAAAAGAGCUGGCGAAAAUAUAUGUGGUUACGACUAUGAGCAUGGCCCUUCUUUGGUUUACGCAAUGGAUCUUCUGGAUUGGGUUUAUCGGUCUUAGUUCGCAAGAGUUCUGCAUCUCUAGGCUUGAGCUCCUUACGGCUGUCGGGACUUUCUUCUCACUGACAAGCACUGCUCUCAGUUUGGCUGGCCCAAAGGUCGUGCCGUCCUGGAAGGCGGCCGAGACGUCAUGAUGAGAUAGUAGGAUAAGGACUCACGUCUGAAUCAUUUGCUGGCUCGGUUUCUACACAAUGGCAAUACCGUAGUCAUCCGGAUCAUUCGGAUUAUAGUAUGCUAGACUCUAGGAAUAUGUCUCCUGAAGUAAAUCGAAAGAUCAUCGUUUAACCACCAGCUACUAGUUCCAUAGUAAUCCUCUCACGCUUUAUCAGCAGCGAACAUAAAAUCAGAAGGCCUCUAGUAUCACGGU